AACAUUAACUGGUGUAUUCACAUGCUAUUUUAGGCAGGUGUGGUGGUGCAUCCCCACCCUUGGGCCAUACUGUGAUUUCAGAAAUACUCAUUAAGCCUUGGCCUUGACAAACACCACCUGGGCUAAGCUCUUCUUGAGCUUAUCAAAAACACUGCCUGCUCACAGGAGCUUAUGCUUUCUAGUGAGGCUGGUUUUUUAAAGAACAGCCUUGAAAACUGAUUAUUCUUGCCUGAAUAAAAGCCCAAGUGGAACAAGAUUUUUGUCACCACACCUUUAAAGAAAAUUACCAACCCAAAUUGUGGCCAGGAUGGAAAAUUACUAUGACUAAAACCAACUCUUUUGUGAGCCUAUAAAGAGCAGUCCUAAGUGAGACCCUUUGGGCCCUCCUGGGCUGCAGCUGUGGCCAGCACCUGUCCCUGAGUGGGGCCUCUCAGAGCCAGCCAACUCUUGUGUUUGCCAUACUUGGGGGACCACUGCCCGUCACCAGCAAUGGGCCCUGGGCUACCCCCACUCCUUGAGAUUCAACCCUUUGCCCACUGAGAAGAUGCAGAGAGAAAGAUGAGGAAGGCAUUUGAUCGCCGAGGUCGUUCAGGAGGGAGAAACUUCACAACCUUUCGAAAUACGAAACUGAUUCCCAUGGAAACAUCCUCAUCCUCUGAUGACAGUUGUGACAGUUUUGGUUCUGAUAAUUUUGCAAAUACAAAAUGCAAAUUUAGGUCGGAUAUUAAAGAAGAAUUGGCAAAAAUUUUUCAUGAAGCCUCUGAUGAUGAAUCUUUCUGUGGCUUUUCAGAAGAUGAGGUUCAAGGUGCAUUGAAAUUGGAAUCAGAUUCAGAUGAGAAUGAUGCGAGUGCUGAAAGUGAGAUCAGUCAGAGAGGGCAGAAAUGCUCUGUUCCUCUGAAAGUAGCCAUGAAGUUUCCACCUCGAAGAUCAGAGAGGAGGAAGAGUGGCAUGGAACCUGUUCCUGAAACACCGAUGCCUGCUCUAGAUUCAGACUCUGACACUGAAGAAAAUGGUGCUAUGUUUUUAGAAAGAAGAGCUUUAAACAUAAAAGAAAACAAAGCAAUGCUUGCAAAACUAAUGGCUGAGUUGCAAAAUGUUUCUGGUAUCUUUGGUGGGAGAAAAUCGUUGCCAGCUGUCAGUCAUCAGGGACCAAAGCGACUUCCAAGGCGUUCGUUGCCCAAAUGUGCCUUGAGGAGGAACCCAGACCGGAGUUCUCGGCCUCACACAAGGUCCAGGUCCUUGAUUGAAGGUCCUCCUACUGUUGUACCAGAAGAGGAAGAAGAUGACCCAUACAUCUUGGUGAGAAGAAGAAAGAUGUCUGAUGAAUACCUGGAGCAUGAAGCCCGUACUCCCAGGAGGGGUCACCGUGGUGCCAUGGCUUUUCCACAUGUUGUGCGCCCAGUUGAGGACAUAACAGCAGAAGAGCUGGAUAAUAUCUGUGGAUCUGCAAGAGAAAAAGUGUAUAACAGGGCCAUGGGAUCCACCUGCCAUCAGUGUCGCCAAAAAACCAUAGACACCAAGACAAACUGUCGUAACCCUGACUGCGUGGGAGUGCGGGGCCAGUUCUGUGGGCCGUGCCUGCGCAACAGAUACGGGGAGGAUGUCAGAACAGCACUGCUGGACCCGACAUGGAGGUGCCCCCCAUGUCGUGGAAUCUGCAACUGUAGCUUCUGCAGACAGCGAGAUGGCCGAUGUGCCACAGGUGUCCUGGUCUAUCUGGCCAAGUACCAUGGCUUUGACAAUGUCCAUGCCUACUUAAAAAGUCUGAAACAAGAACUUGGAAUGGAAGACUGAAGCUGUGACUGCCUUUAAAUUACAUGUUCUUUCACCAAUGUAAUAUUAUUGCCUGCAGUGAAUUGUUUAAUCAAAUGAGAUUACAAAGUGCCUUCUCUGCUUCCCUUUCCUUUUGGGUAAAAAAGGAUAAAAACCUUUCAUUUAUUUCAGUGUAAAUCAUACUUGGGAAAGUUGUUUAAUGCAGGUCUUCACCCACAGGCUAUUGUUUUCUCUUUAGACAACUUGUCAAAUCAGAUAGCAUCAGUCCUUUUUUUCAUUAUAGUAACUUCUUUUUUUUCUUCCUGAAGGGAGAUGGGGCUUUAAGCCAUCAGUUCCACUCAUGCAGCAAUCUGUGCUGCAGGUUUACUUAUGCUCCAAAAUUGGUUACAAAAAGAUAGAGAUGUUCUGAAAACUUGGGUGGUUUUCUCCACAGAACAAAGCAGCCAACUUCUGCAAUACAGGCACUUCAUGAUAAAAUGGAAUUGUAGAAUUCUCUGAAACAACAGCAUGUUCUUAAGUUCAAAAAGGAAGCCCUAUAAGUCGCAGCUGAGCAGUCUCCAAGCACUAGUAUUUGGUUUUAUAGAGUACUAAAAGGCCAUUUCAAGGGAGAUUCUCUGAAUUUAAAAAUGCAGUAGAUGCUGUUUGACAUGGCACUUUGUGUUUUUGCUCAGAUGAGAGAAGGCCACUUCUGAAAGCUUCCACAGCACUAGCAUUGCCUACUGGUGACAGUGAUGGGAAUGUGCUUGUAUACAUUGUGUAGUGACCACUGUCUAAAACAGAAUGUUCCAUGUGUUAAAUUAUUGUUUUGGUGGACUCACUUUUCCCUGUCACUGCUGCAGCUGCAGAACUGCUUUGCAGAGUCAGCAGUGGUCCUGGGGAAGAGGGAUACCUCCAGACCAGGGCUUGGUCAAGCAGAGGGGUGGCAGUUGGUGUGGCUGUUGGCCAUCUUUGAGUGGAUGAAAGGUGGUAACUUGUUUAGUUUGGUUAUCAGGAAAACAGGCAAUGAAUGUUUCUGUAUGUGGCUCUUUGUGAUUGUGGAAGGUUCUUUCACAUGACAUUUGUGAAAUGUAAGUACAGCAGAAACGGAGCUGAACAAUUCUGAUACACUGAGCACAUAGGGGUCUCCUGUACGCUGUUGUAAAAAAGAAGGUGCCAUGAAAGUUGCAUCCAGAGAACCAUAAUGUGUGUAAAUGUGCUUAGUUUUGUUACAGAAACUACUGUGUAAGCUUUGUAUAAGGUUUAGAACGAAAUGCUAUAAAUAAUGUACAGUUGAAUAGUCGAAGAAUCAUCAUGGGUUUACACUUCUGUGCCUGUGCAGUAUUUGCACUGUGUGUAUACAAAAUGAUCCACAGUUCAUACCUUUCUGGGAAUUGCAUCAGUGUGUGUGGGAGGGGAGGAGAGAGGAAUUUAGAAACAACAGAUAUUUAUGUCUCAGACUUGCAGUUCUGUUUCAUAAAUCAUCUCUCCUAUUGAAAAUCUCCUGUCCUCUCUUAGUCUGUUUUUAUAGUGUGAAUAGCUGUGCAAUCUGAGGUGUGGAGAGCGCUCUUCCCCCUAGGUACAUUUUGUGAAGAAGGACCUCAUUUUAGAAAUACAUGUUCUGACAGAUAAAAGUGGUUGGGUUUUUUUUCCCCUCCUAAUUGCUUGGCUUGCCUUCUGAUUGCUAGAGUGUGAAAGUACUGUGCUAAAAGCAGACCCUUGUGUUAUAUUACAGAGACUGCUGUAUUUAGAUUUACUCAGAUCUACACUGUUCUGUACAAAAUUCUUUAUUUUGAAAAUAAAAAUUUUCAAUUUUAGAAUA